AUGGGCUUCUUCGAUCGCAAGAAGGUCAACAAGACCGCCCCCUCGCCGGUGCCGGUCAAGCCCGCGCCGGUAAACGCCCCGGGUCACCAUCACGCAUCAUCGCCGCCGCCGCCUCCUCCUCCUCCUCCUCCUCCACGGUAUGCCACGUCGACGACGCAGACACCGGGGUACUGGCAGCCUCGGACACAGUAUCACCAUCCCCCGCCUCCAUACCACCACCCGCAACAACAGGAGCUGCAACAUCGACACCAGGUCCAACAACAGGAACAGCAACAACACCGCCCCCAGGGGUGGUCUCAACACCCCCAACGGGACCCGUACGCCCAGCCCAUCGUCGUGAACCAGCACUACUACCUCCACCCGCCGCCGCCGCCCUCCUCCCACCUCGCCCUGGCCGCACCGCCGACGACCACGGCGACGGCGACAGCGUCCCACGCCGGCGGCGCCGGGGCUAACCCUUGCCCCUUGGGCCUCGACAAGUUCGCCGGCUCGGUCGUGACCAUCGCAAAGGACUUCGCCUCGCCGCACUUCCUCGAGGAGCCCAACUUCCACCCGCACGCCGCGCAGCUCAUCAGUUCCACCGCCGUGUGCAUGGACCAGAUCGCCGGCCGCUUCAACGACGUCAUGACCCUCAUCGACUGCGACAGGCUGGUGGGCAACGAGAAGGCCCUGUUCUCGUACCCGCAGGACGGCGGCGCGAGGAAGACGACCAAGAGGAAGGGGUCCUCCUCCUCCUCCUCCUCGUCGUCGUCCAAGGGGCAGUCGGCCGCUGUCACCCCGUCCGUGGUUUCUGGAAACUACUUCGCAAAGGUCGAGUUAUACGCCAACUCGAGGUUGCCCAUGAACCUUCCGCCGCUGAGACUAUACAUGCCCACCUGGCCCAUCCUCUGCAUGGCGGCGCAGUACGCCGAGCGCGUGUACGACAAUCCCAAGGGCGCCGAGCGCGACGCCCACGUCUCGGCCGACUGGAGGACGGGCACCAAGGCCAUGGUGAUCAAGUCGGUGCCCAUGGACCACGUCGGCACCAUCGUCUUCGCCAUCCGCGGCUCGGCCAGCGUCCAGGACUGGGCCGUCAACCUCAAGGCGGAGCCCGUCCCGCCGGCCGGCUUCCUCGACGACCCGGGCAACUCGUGCCACGCCGGCUUCCUCGACGUCGCGCGCAAGACGGCCAUCAUUGACGUGACCGAUAACAGUUCGGCUCUACGCAAAUCCAGAGCACUCCAAAAAGCCUUAGACAAGUUUACAAACGUGACAACGGAAACCCACUUCUCCCGCCGACAUGUAGGUCCGGGAACAUUCUCGUUAAACAGAUUAAAAAGGCGAUACUUCGACGGUGUCACGAGGUUGCGUCCCGAAUAUUUCGUGCCGGAGUAUACAGUACGCCGUCUGCCGCUGCAGCGGCCGGACCGGCCCGAGCUGCGCAAGAGCCUGUUCCUCACCUUCGUCAAUGAGGGGGACCCGGUGCCGCGCGCCGACAAGGCCUACGUGAAGAGCCUGCUGGAGCUGUUCGCGGCGCCGCCGCCGAGGGAGAGCAAGCCGGCCAUCUCGGCGUUGGUCGUCGGCGGGGGCCAGGAGAAGAAGAAGAAGACGGACGCGGGGAGCCGGCUGGCGGCCAAGGCGAGCAAGAUGUCGCUGACGCAGGCGGCCAAGGGGUGCCGGGACUCUUCGGACAGGGACGGGGGCAGCGACGGCAGCAGGAGAAGGAGGAGGCCGGUGUGGAACCUCCCGCCGAGCACGCUCAGCUCGCCCGGCCGGAUCGUGGUGCUCCGCAGCGGCGACCCCAAGGCGAGGGUCAAGGACCGGAAGACGGUGGCUGAGCGGCUGGACGAGGGGGUCGUUGCGCAGACGGUCACGGACGAGGAGCUGCGGCGGGUCGUGUGGGGGGACCCCGUGUGCCACGUCAUGAGACUGUACUCGGGGAGGAUCGAGACUCUCGCAGUCGGGGCUGUUACUGGGAAGCAUGGUUGA